AUCUCUAUCGCUGAACGCGGGUUGGCAGUGUCAAACAAUCACAAUGAGCGUCUGUUCAUGCGGAUGAAAUUCAACACAUAAAUUUCUAUACAAUUAUUGGUAUUCAUGUAAAUUUCUGCCAUCAUGGCAGACGCUUUCUGUUGUUUAAGGCGGUUAUUUGGUGGUUCAAGUCCUGGUCAUAUUAAACUGCAAGAACUUCCUUCUGUUCAGUUAGAUCCGACAAAUAUCGGUUCUGAGGUGGUGAUAGUGAAGAACGGUAAGCGGCUAUGCGGUACGGGGGCUGCCUUCUCCAACGCUCCUAUCAACCAAGACAAAGCCUACUUCGAGGUCAAAGUUCAGUCCACAGGUGUGUGGGGUGUAGGCCUAGCAACCAGAAAAUGUGGUGUAAACAAGGUGCCCCUUGGAGACAACGAGGAGGCGUGGGUGCUGAGGCAUGAUGGUAAACUGUACCACCGCAAUGAGGAGAAGGGGAUGCUGUCCCAGGUCCCGCAGGAGGGAGACAUCGUGGGCCUAACAUAUGAUCACGUGGAGCUGAAUUUCCGGCUGAAUGACAAACCCAUGAAUAUCCCCAUGACGGGCAUAAAAGGCACAGUGUAUCCUGUAUUCUAUGUCGAUGAUGGUGCGACGCUUGAUGUGCAAUUUAACAAUUUCUACUACACAGUCCCAGAUGGGUACGACAGCAUCAUGAUAGAACAGAGGUUAUUAUAGCAUUGAUUUUAUAUAUACCAGUACUAGUGUAUAGCUGUACUUGUGAAUUGUAAAUGACUGUUAGUAGCAUUUCAGUGCUGUUUCAUUGUACAGAAUGUAAAUGUCAAUUGAUCAAUGUUUUGAUUUGAGUGUGAAAGUAUGAAUUUUAUUGGGUUGUAGGUAGCAUCAAAGAUCUAUUGAUCUUUUAUUGAACUGUUAACCGUAUAAUUGAACUAUUGGUUGUUGAAGCACAGAUGGAGAUCUUGACCAAGCUUUCCACAGUUUUCAUGACAUUCUAAUUACUAGUAAUUGUUAAUAUUAAUAUUGCAGAGAUAAAAACUGCCUUUUUGGAGGCCACCAUUUUUGACAAACUUAAACACAUUUUCCCAUGGAAAUCUUUUAUAAUUAUGUUAUCUUUCAUUCAUUUUAUGUUGUUGAUUUGUUUACAUGUAUAUGAAAUCAUAAGUGUCCGUUCUUUUUAGGAAAUGCAUCUUUUUUAUACUUAUGUAUAUCAUAAUGUGCCACUUGAUAUAAGAUAUAAGUGAAUAUGAUAACUCUUGAGUUGAAGCUGUCAUCACCACAGUAGAUUCUUGUUCUAUAACAUAUGUGUAACUGUAUGCAUCAACAAUUGGAAUAAACCAUGUUAAUAUAAGUUGAUUGAGAAAUUUUAAAUCUGAAGUAUCUUAAACUAUGUUUACCCUUUCUCAUGAUAAGUGUUUGUAAGUUUAAAUUUAAACCACUGUCUUAAUUGAAUAUGAAUUAAAUGUGUAUUGGUGUAUAGACA